AAUUAGUGUCAUUUUCGGAAAUAAAAAUGAAAAAUGACCACCGGUAAACUGAUAUUCAUCCUCUUCGCCGUCGCGUGGUCACGUUUCGUUAUUGUCACAUCCCUCCGGCUACUUUCUGGCGACCAUUACUGUGACCAAACGCACCUGCCGUCCCCACAAGCUCUCCGAUCAGACCAAUUCACGGUCUUGAUAAAUGGUUACUCGGAAUCACGCAUUCGGAUCCUGCAAACGGUCACCGGCGUGUACUCAAGCUCUCCGUCGGUAGCUGCGGUGGUUGUGUUAUGGGGAAACCCGAAAACACCUAGUAAAACUUUAGUUGAGCUCUCACAUAACCUCUCAAUCUCGUCUCCCGGAGAUGCGCCGAUCUCCGUUCUCCGACAACCGUCGUCUAGUCUCAACGCCCGGUUCCUUCCCCGUCCAUGGAUUUCGACACGCGCCGUCCUGAUCUGCGACGAUGACAUCGAGGUCGAUCCAAAAUCGAUCCAAUUCGCAUUUAACAUCUGGAGAAGCCACUCGAACAAUCUAGAACAACUCGUCGGAUUGUUCGCCAGAUCUCACGAGAUAGAUCUCACCAGUCGUUCAUGGAUUUACACGGUGCAUCCAGAUCGCUACUCGAUCCUACUCACGAAAUUCAUGUUAAUGAAAACAGAGUAUUUAUACCAGUACAGCUGCGAAGGUGGUACAUCAAUGGCGGAAGCGAGAUCAAUCGUGGAUGAGAUGAGAAAUUGCGAAGAUAUACUGAUGAACUUCGUAGCAGCGAACAAAACGGGUGUCGGACCUGUUCUUGUCGGAGCUAAGAGGGUGAGGGAUUGGGGAGACGCCAGGAACGACGGUGGAAGAAGGCGGCGGGGAUUGAUGGCCGCCGGAGAGGAGGUGUCGGUGGGUUUGAGUAGUAGGAAAAAGGGUCAUAGAAAAAGCAGAGGAGACUGUAUAAAAGAGUUCCAUAGGGUUUUGGGGAAGAUGCCAUUGAGGUAUAGCUAUGGAAAGAUGGUUGAUUCAAUUGGAGAACAAGGGCUUUGUGAGAAAAGUGGGAAAUUGGUGUUUUGUGAUCAACAACUUUCCAACUGAAAUUUCAUUCCCAAAUUAUUGCCACCAAAAUCACAAAAUGCAUUAAUAGAUCAUAUUACAGCAAUACAGUAUACAUUCAUCGUUCAUAUUAUGGUAUGCAUUUCAAUAUUUCAUGGUGUUUCUGCAUCAAUGAUUGAUC